GAGAGUGAGAGGAGAGACUGAGAGCAACUGAUGGAGGAGGAGAGUGCAAGGUUUCGCAGGAGCAGUAAUAUCGAUUGAAGCGUCUAGUUUGAGGCACCACAAAGGGUGCUGGUUGGCAAGGCGAAAGCUCCCAUAAGCAGGCUGGCUGGCUGGCCGGGCGCGGGUCGCUUCCACUAAGAACGUCCGUCCCUUCGUUUGUCCUCGUUGCCGUUUUUACACCGUUUUGAAGAACCAUUCUGGCAAAAAAAAAAGAUAAAGGAAAAUAAAAAGGAAGGGAAAACAUCGUCGUCGUCGUCGUUUUUAAUAACGACGCUUUUUUAGAAGAAAUGAAAUCACGAGGAAGAAAUUUGAUGAUUUUUCAUCGGGCACUAAAUGAAGAGUUGAAAUUGAAAAAAAUUACCUCGUUACGCAUUCAUUUUGUCAAUAAUGAAGUUUAGAAGAAUGUGGAAAUUUACAAAUAUUGAUAAUAAUCAUGAAGAGAAGAAGAGAUCAUCAUCAUUGAUCGAGAGCAGAUAGUUCGAACAGUACAGAAGGUGUCGCCUUUCGAAACAAAACAAAAAAAAAAUUAUUAAUAAUAAUAAUAAAUUAGAGAAUGGAAGACUCAUCACCCAGGAUUCGUUCCUACAUUGACACCUGGGACAAUGAGGACAAGUACUCAGUGGCAAAUAGUCAAGCACCACUUCAGGGUGGCGACGAUGAUCAUCCGGAACGUGGAACAUGGACUGGAAAAUUUGACUUUCUUUUGUCACUUUUAGGCUACAGUGUUGGUCUUGGCAAUGUUUGGCGAUUUCCAUAUCUUUGUUAUUCGAAUGGAGGCGGUGCUUUUCUCAUUCCGUUCACCAUAAUGCUCAUCAUUGCCGGUCUGCCACUGAUGUUCAUGGAACUCUCUCUAGGUCAAUAUGCAAGUCUGGGUCCAGUGGCAGCUUACAAACGAUUUUGUCCAUUACUUCGUGGUCUUGGUUAUGGAAUGGUUCUUGUAAGUUCCAUAGUGAUGCUGUAUUAUAAUCUAAUCAUCGCUUGGACACUUUACUACAUGUUCGCAUCCGUAGCGGGUGGGGGUGAAUUGCCUUGGAGCAAGUGUGACCCAGCGUGGAGUACAGAAGAUUGUGUUACUCCGGAAGUAUCUGACGCAUGCCUAGAACAGAAUUUGUCAUAUUACAAGAACGAAUGCCUAAAUUCGACCCAACUUGCUUCUAUAAAUCUUACAAUUGAAGAUGUCGCCGCCUUCAUUAGAAAACCACCUGCCGAGGAAUAUUUCAAUAAUCACGUGCUGAACAUGAGUCGAGGAAUCGAGGAAACGGGACCCGUGAAUCCGAAGAUGGCAGCCUGCCUUUUAUUAGCCUGGAUUAUCGUCUUUCUCUGCCUUAGUAAAGGAGUUCAGAGUUCGGGAAAAGUUGUAUACUUUACUGCUCUCUUCCCCUACGUAGUGCUGAUCGCCUUGUUCAUCCGAGGAAUACUGCUUCCUGGCGCUGACGAAGGAAUUCUAUUCUACCUGACACCAGAUUGGCGAAGAUUAUCAUCAGCAAAAGUUUGGGGCGAUGCUGCAGUACAAAUAUUCUUCGCCUUGAGUCCAGCGUGGGGUGGUCUCAUCACCUUGAGUUCGUAUAAUAAAUUCUCCAACAAUUGCUACAAGGACUCAUUGAUUGUCGCCGUCAGUAACAUUGGCACCUCGUUUUUUGCCGGUUUGGUCAUCUUCUCUGUCAUUGGCUUCCUGGCACACGAACUCAAUGUUCCGGUUGCUAAAGUCGUCGAUCAAGGAGCCGGAUUAGCCUUCAUUGUAUAUCCAGAGGUUGUUGCGAGGUUACCAGUCGCUCCGGUUUGGUCACUUUUGUUUUUCGUGAUGCUCCUCACGUUGGGACUUGACUCGCAAUUCGCUCUGAUGGAAACUGUGACAACGGCAAUUCUGGAUGGAAUUCCAUCGUUGAGGAAUUAUAAAUUCUGGGUUGUAUUGGGAGCUGCUGUUGUUGGUUACGCUGGCGGCAUUAUCUUCACAACCAGAGCCGGGAUGUACUGGCUGCAGCUUAUGGACAAGUACGCGGCGAAUUGGUCAGUCCUUCUGAUUGCAAUUACGGAGUGUAUUUUGGUUGCGUGGAUUUAUGGUGCGGAUCGUUUUCUCGACGACGUGCAGCAGAUGAUUGGAGUCCGCUGCAGACUUUGGCGAUUCUUCUGGACGUGGAUGUGGAAAGUGGUGACGCCAGCCGCACUUUUCUUCAUCCUCUUCUUUAAUUGGGUGGAAUACGAACCACUUAAAUAUGGCACUUAUGUUUAUCCCCGAUGGGCGGACGCCGUUGGCUGGGUCGUCGGAAUGUUGCCCGUCCUCGUCAUUGUUGGCAUGGCUCUUAUCCAGUUGAGGAAACGACGUCGAAAACCGACCUACGACGACGACGACGAUUACGAUGAUGAUUAUCUGAACGCCGGUGGUUCGCAGAGAGUUGGACGAAAGGGGAUUGACGAAAGUGUCUGGUGUCGAGCUCGAAUGCUCCUGCAGCCAACACUCGACUGGGGUCCAGCUUCUCGGAAUCAUUUGACACCCUCGAGAACAAUGACCUACUCCCAAUCUCCCGUGGGUGGUCCAUUGGGAUACGAAUCGGUACGUGACACAAUAGUUUUGGUGAACGGGCAACCAAUGACAGUACAACCGGCCAAUUCAAUGGGAUCAUCGCAAAAAUUACCGGGUCCGUCAAUUCUCAAGAAUUCAAGUAAAACGGAUCUCAUUACAUCGCAACAGGUUUGACCCAACAUUUCUUUAUAUUCUGACGAUUCAUCAUGAAAAUCGUCAAUCGAGAUUCUUUCAUCGGGAUGCGCGAAGACGACGAAAUUAGAUAAGAAAAAUUCAAAAUCCACAUAUUCUGAUGACGAUAUUCAAAAAUUAUGGGAAUACAAUCGAGAGUUCAUCAUCAAUAAUAAUAAUAAUAAUGGUGAGACUAAACGGAAAGGAGUGACGUUCGCUCCUCUCAAAUACACGGAAAUUGUUUGAAAAAGUUUUCAGUCACAGCUAGAUAAGAACAAAAAAAAAACGUUUUCCUAUUAUAAAUUAAUAAAAAAAAAAGAAAUUCAAGCCUAAUGAGGAUCGUGACUUUUAUCCACUUUCGCAAUGAAGUGAACUCGUUUUAUCUUCCUCGCAAAAAAAAAAAUAAGCCAAUUGUUGAAAAAUAUAUUUUCUAUAAAUCGCAAUCCAUCUUUUACGACAGUGAUUAUUUUCCUUUCUUUUUUAUGACAAAUAUAUCUUUCUUGAAGGAGGGAAAUUUUAUUUUUUUCCAUCAUCGUCAAGAUGAUUUAAUUUUACAUUUUCUUUUUUUCAUUUAAGAGGAAAAUUUGUCAAAGAAAUAAUUGAAAAUAAUUUUUCAGCUUGUAUAAAAAAAGCGUCGUGUGUAAGUAUUGUGAUUUAUAAAUUCCCCCUUUUCCUUGAACAAAAAAAAAAAAAUGAAAAAAGUGUGAAUGAUUCGAUGAGAGAAGUUAGUUAAAUAUUGACAAAAAAAAUGUAGUUAUUAGCAAUGAAAAAAAAAAUUUUGCCAUUUGUCCAGGUGUCGCUCUAUAGAUAAAUAAUAAUUCAAAAAGUAGGUUUUUAUUGGUGUAAGUAAGGAAAAUGCGAUUUCAAAAAAAAAGCUGAGUAUAUUUUAGAAAAAGUGUACUUUAGGCUUUAUAGUUCAAACUGUAUAGAAAAUACUAUUGAGAAUCGAGGAUUAUUCACGUUCACGUAAAUCGUCUGUCAUUUUUAAAAAAAAAUAUUUCUAAGAAAUUUUGUGCAGUUGUCGGGGCGCUGAAGUUGAGAAUACUCCGCGCGCCGAGGAGUGGGGAUAGCGUGGGGGCGGAGCCAGUGCGCGCGCAUCCCCCACUCCUCCGCGUCGAGGAUUCUCAACCGAAACUUCAAAAGAAAACCCGCUAAAUUCAAAUUAAACUAAAAAUUUACUUUUUCGAAAAUAAAAUUAGAAUCUACAAUUUAUAUUGAAAAUAAAAAAACUGAUGUUUUACGUGAAUUUGCAAGUCGACAUUUCCACUGUUUUACAAUAAAAAAAAAUAGAGGCACAACUAAUCGUCGAAUGCAGGCCUAAAAAAAUUUUUAAACAAUAAUUCCAAAAUGAAUUUAUCCAGUGGACUUAAAAUUAGUAUUAAAAAAAAUCAAGCUAGAAAUGAAUUUUUUUAUCUUUUACAAUUUUUUUGUAAAAAAAAUUUUUUUUUUUAAAAUGUCUUUUGAUACUCUCGUUUAAGUUAUUUUUCUUUUAAAGAAUGAUACACACUGAGGCGAUGAUCUUCAGUGGAAAUGUCUUCUCAAAAAAAAAAAAAAAGAAAUGAGAAAGUUUUUGGUCUCUCGAUGGAAAAGGUGAAAAAAAAAAUAUAUUUAUUAAUGAAAAACUUUUUUAAAACAAAUGAUGAGACCUGGAUUUUUCUCAUACAAAUUUUUUUAUUCCCUUAGACAAUAAAAUUAACACUUUUUAAAGAAAAAUGAAUCAUCAUAAAAAAAACUAUCGUUGUUUCAAAGAAAUAACAUUUUAAUAUUGUUGCUUUUCUCUAUAAUAUAUUGUUGUUCCAAAGUCGUUGUUUGGAAAGGAAAAAAAUUGUUGUUUCAAAAAAAUUAGUUACGUCAAAUUAAAAUUUCUCACUUAUUCAUUUCUAAUUUAUUAUUAAUUUAAUAGUUAUUAAUUUAUUAAUUGUUAAUUUAGUAAUUUAUUAAUUGUUAACUUAUGAAUUAAUUUAAUUAAUUUUUUAAUAUAAUUUUGGGAAAAUUAGUAAAAUUGUAAAAUCCGAGUAAAUUAUAGUAAAAGUGAGGAUCCGAGUUGAGAACAGUGGCCGCGUUCGGUGGAGGGGGAAGGCGAGUAGUGGGGCUUCCCACUCCAUACUACCCCCACUCCUAAACGCCGCACAGUGUUCUCAACUUGUUUUCUUCGUUUUCUUAAAACUUUAUCUAUUUUUUUUUUGCUUUAAGAACAUUUCUCACGUAACAAAUUAAAUUGACACAACAAUUUUUGAGAAAUACACGAAAGAAAAAUAAUUGCAGAUGAAUGAAAUUUUUCCAUCGAAAUGACAGAAAAGAAAAUUCUCGUCUGAAAAAAUAAUAAUCAAUAGGGCUGUGUCUUUGGCUAUAUAGAGUUCGUGAAUCUCGUUACGAGGCGGGAAAAAGAAUCAAACAUUUACGCGCACGAUAAGAGUCAAUAAAAAAAAAAAAAAACA